AUGAAAGACGCAGGCGCGCACGCCGAGCCUCGCGAUUACCCCGUCGUGAAUGACCUUGUCAAGGAGGUCGCUGGAAGCCCAAACUGGAGGCGCCCACUGCUUUUGAUUGUCGGGGGCGCAAGCCCUGGCAAGAGCAUGCGCGGUGGCUCCGUCUUGCAGAAGGUGGCGGGGGCCCUCGAGCUCCUGAAGAAGGAGUUCUUGGAAGUCACGGUGGAGGAAGAUGGGCACUUAGACCUGGCCAGGUUCGACAUGCAGGCGCACGGCGGCGUCUUGCUCGACGGCGUCGCCGACGCACUUCUGUUGAAAAAGUUCCGGGGGGGGCCCAGGGAAGCCAUUGUGGCCACCGUGGACCUCUCCGCCGACAACCUGCACCUGCUCCACACGGACCACUGGCCCUCAGAACCGCGCAAUGUCAAGGCGCCCAGGCUCACUGGCCCGAGCUGGCAGAACGGCGACGACGACGCGGCAGCUGCGCAGCAGGCGCCCAGCAGGCACGACGAGAUGAAGGCGUGGAGCGCCAAGACGGUCCUCAGAGCUAAGGGCGACUUCUCGGCGGGCGCCUGA